UUUCAACUUCUUCACAAACGUACUGUUUCAACAUGGAUUUCGAAACAACUGGUAAAAGCGGCAAUCCCUUCCUGGUCGAAGAUCUGGGGAAGUAUAGUGGAUCCACAGACCCAGUUGUUGGUGGGGGAGGGGGUGGAUUAAAUUCCAACCCUUUCUUGAGUAACAGUGACUUCAGUAUUCCUGCAGCUACAGAGAACCCGUUCUUAAGCUCCAUGGAUGGAAACGAGCCGUCUUCAUUCCUCGGCUCUGGGAAUUCCUCCACGAAUCCGUUCGCACAGUUCGAUUAUCCCGGAGAUGGUGAAAUGGACACAACAGCCAGCCUCAACAUUUUCAGCGCACCCGAACCGGACACCGCCCGCACAAAUAUCUUCGACAACAGCGAAAUCACGAACCCUCCAUCCGACAACUUCUUCGGUGUCAGCCCAGCUUUACAACCUCAGACAGAGACGAAAGUGUUAACCGGCUUCGAUUUGCUGGAUGACACAGGAAUGACUGGGCCCGUAGAAAACGACUUUUGUAAGGAGACGGAUAUUUUUAACAGCACCCCAACCGCAGCAACGGAUGAUUCCUCCAGAACCAGCACGCCGAAGGGGGGUCCCCCCAGAAGACCUCCACCUCCAAGACCUAUCCCUCCCUCAAAAGAAACGAAAGACCUUAUACUGAGCGUUACUGGAGCCAUGGAAGCCACGUCCUCACAUCUUCUGGACCGCCUCCAAGCCACCAGAACGCCAAGUCCGACUCCUAUCCGCGACCUGCAUUCCCCAAGCCCCACUCCAGAUAUUCCUUUUACUGAUCUCCUGGGGACGGAUGUGACCACAGGACAACUUCCUGCAUUUCCGAGCAAUACAGAGAUCAACCUCUUCGGGGAGGAGCCCAUCGCUGAGGCUCCCUCAGCUCCAAAACUACCCCCCAGACCAGCUCCACCCACUCAAAAACCAGAACCUCAGCAAGAUAUCAUGGAUAUUUUCAAUGGUGAUGCACCAGCACUCAGUACAGUGACAGCGCCGCAGACAAACGCAGAUAUACUAGGGUUAUUUGACUCUUCCCUUCCUGCAGCGCAGACAAGCGAGAUGACUGGUACAGCAGAUCUGCUGUUAGGAGAUGAUUUCGGGGGCAUGGUACCUGCACAGCCACAGGAGGUAAACCUCCUGCCUGUUACUGCCAUGGAUUUGGAGCCAACUGUAUUUCCAGCGCAGCAACAACCUGACAGCCUCAUGGCUACAGAUAUGCUAGAGGCAACUGAGGAUCCAGUUCUCAGGUCAGGCGAUGAGUUCGAUGCUUUUGCAGCCAAGUUUGAAAAUGCUGCCAAAGAGGAGGGACAAGAAGUUUGUGUUGUGGAAAGUGACCCCUUUGACCCCUUUUCAUCUUCUGGACUGAUAGCAGAGUCUGGAAAUGAAGCAUGGGGAGCAGUAACUGCAGAAAGGGGAGAAUCCAAGAUAUCAGGGUUUGGGGCAGAAGAAAGCUUUGAUGCAUUCCUCUCAAUGAAUGAACCCCCUCCUGUGCCUCAGGGAACACCAGCACGUUUCAGUCGACAGCAGUCGGCAGAGUCCGACGGAGAACCUGACUUCUCCAUAUUUAUCAAACCUAAAAAUGGGGAAGCUGUUACAGCAGAACACAUAUCAGCUGAAGUUGUGCCGAUUCUUGCACCACCACCACCACCACCAAAGAGCCCUGUUCAAAAUGCAGACUCGAGUUUGAGGUUCAACCCCUUUGAUAAGAGCAACGAGCUUGUAGCUACUGCCAUCCCAACCGCUACGGAGGAGCCCGCACUUCCACAAGGUGCGGAGGUGCCUGAUGGAAUGCUUCAGAGGACGGACUCACAGGAGACACCACCAACCCCGCUGUUUGAUGAAGAUGUGUCACAACCCCUAGAAGAUUUUCCCCGAGUCAUUUACCAGGGGGAUGGCUGGGAGAUGCAGUUGAGGCAACCUAACAAAAAGAAGAUAACAGGACAGAGGUUUUGGAAAAAAGUGUUUGUGCACCUGGUAUACCAAGGUGAUAACCCUGUGCUGCAGCUGUUCAACACAAGGGAGGACAAAGAUCCAUUUCAAGAGCUGCCACUGCAAGCUUGUUACUCUGUGUCAGACAUAGGGGCACAGCAGUUUGAUGCAUACGGUAAGAUCUUCACCGUGAAGCUGCAAUAUGUUUUUUAUAAGGAACGACCAGGAGUGCGGCCGGGACAGGUAACGAAGGCAGAACGUAUCACCAACAAACUGAGCAAGUUUGCGCAGUAUGCCAUACAAGGGGACUAUGAGGGCUGCAAGGAAUUUGGCAGUGACCUCAAGAAACUAGGGCUUCCAGUGGAGCAUGCCCCACAGAUCUCUCAGUUAUUCAAGAUUGGGUCACAGACUUUUGAAGACAUGAAGCAGUUCAGCAUGUGUGUGGAGGAGGCGCUGUUCCAACUCUCAGUACAUCGUGAUCGUGCACUCAACUAUAAGACAGAGGAGGUGCAAAUCACAGUGGUGGACGAGUUGUAUGUGGAACAGGACAAGGAUGGCCACAUUGAUAAGCAAAUCGCAAGAGUCAGGCUGUUCUUUCUUGGCUUCUUGGCUGGUAUGCCAGACGUGGAGCUGGGCGUUAAUGACUUGUGGCGACAGGGCAAGGAAGUGGUGGGCCGCCAUGACAUCAUCCCUGUUAUUACGGAGGAAUGGAUCCGUCUAGAGAACGUUGAGUUCCACAGCUGUGUGCAGCAGGAUGAGUAUGAGCGGACUCGGGUCAUUAAGUUCAAACCACCCGAUGCAUGCUACAUUGAGCUGAUGCGUUUCCGAGUCCGCCCACCCAGAAACCGGGAGCUUCCAAUUCAACUGAAAGCUGUUAUGUGUGUCACAGGGAACAAGGUAGAACUCAAGGCUGACAUUCUUGUACCAGGUUUUUCAAGUCGCAAACUGGGGCAGAUUCCAUGUGAGGACAUAAUGGUGCGGUUCCCAAUCCCAGAGUGCUGGAUAUAUCUGUUCCGUGUCGAGAAGCACUUCCGUUACGGCUCUGUGAAGUCAACACACAGGAGAACAGGGAAGGUGAAGGGUAUUGAGCGGUUUUUGGGGGCAGUGGAGACACUAGAGCAGUCCCUCAUUGAAGUGACAUCUGGCCAGGCCAAAUACGAGCACCAGCACAGAGCCAUUGUUUGGCGCAUGAGCAGACUCCCCAAAGAAGGCCAAGGAGCUUACACCACUCAUGCAUUUGUGUGUCGAAUGGGACUGACAUCAUAUGACCAGAUUCCAGAAAAUUUAGCAGAUUACUGUUAUGUAGAGUUUACAAUGCCAGCCACCCAGGUCUCACACACAACAGUACGCUCUGUGUCCUUGAGUAAUGGAGCGAAGGAUGAUCCUCCAGAGAAGUAUGUGCGCUACCUCGCUCGACAUGAGUACAGGGUAGGAAUAGAGCAUACGCAGGGAGAAGGGCCAGGUGCAUACAUGACAGCAACACUAUCAAAACAGCCCGAGACUACUCAGAUACUGGAGGAAAAACCAGAGCCCCCUGCAGCUAACUCUGACAGUGACUCAUCGAGUUAAAACACGAGAAGUUGGUAACUGUUGACACCUACGUCCUUCUUGAAUGGACCAAACAAAUCCUAUAUGAUGAGUGUAGCAGCUUGGAGCUUAUCGUGUCAAAUACUCUUCAACAAACGGACAAUACGACCAUUAGUUGAUCUCAGAUGCUAUCAGAUAUGGGGACUGCCACCGUGCAACAAUGGAACUAGCAGAUUACUGGCUGCUGGAAAAGCAGCUGGUACAUAAGUUGUUCAAGGUGCUGGUACCACGUUUUGAGAACUGCC